CCUAUUUGCACGGAAGACAGAGCGGAGCGCUUACGGUUUGGUGAUAUCCGAUUGCUGAAAUGCCGUUAGAAAACUUAGAAGAAGAAGGUUUGCCUAAAAACCCCGAUCUGAGAAUAGCGCAUCUCAAGUUUUUGCUUACGCUAGACGGACGAAAGCAAGAUGCAAAAGUUGUUGCGGAGCUCAUGGAAGCUAUUAAAGAAAACAACAUGGCACCUUACUACGAGGCUUUGUGCAAGGAGCUCAAGUGGCAGGUGGACACGGACCUGCUGAGCAGGAUGAAAAAGGCCAACGAGGAAGAGCUGAAGCGUCUGGACGAGGUCCUGGACGACGCAGAGAAGAAUCUUGGAGAGAGUGAAAUCCGAGAUGCCAUGAUGGCCAAAGCAGAGUACCUUAUUCGCAUCGGCGAUAAGGAGGGAGCUUUGACUGCUUUCAGAAAGACCUAUGACAAGACUGUGGCCCUCGGACAUCGACUCGAUAUUGUGUUCUACCUGCUGAGGAUCGGUCUGUUUUACAUGGACAAUGACCUCAUUACACGCAACACUGAAAAGGCAAAGAGCCUUAUUGAAGAAGGUGGUGACUGGGAUAGGAGGAAUCGACUGAAGGUGUACCAAGGCCUCUACUGUGUGGCCAUCAGGGACUUCAAACAGGCAGCAGAGCUGUUUUUGGACACAGUGUCCACCUUUACAUCGUACGAGCUUAUGGACUACAAAACGUUUGUCACAUACACCGUUUACGUGAGCAUGAUUGCGCUGAAGCGACCCGACCUCAGAGAAAAGGUGAUAAAAGGAGCAGAAAUUCUGGAGGUCCUCCACAGUUUGCCUGCUGUUCGCCAGUACCUGUUCUCACUCUAUGAGUGUCGCUACUCUGUGUUCUUUCAGUCACUAGCCACUGUUGAGCAGGAGAUGAAGAAGGACUGGCUGUUCGCCCCUCACUACCGAUACUAUGUGCGGGAGAUGCGCAUUCUGGCCUACAGCCAGCUGCUGGAAUCAUACCGCUCGCUGACCCUCGGCUACAUGGCAGAGGCCUUCGGAGUGAGCACGGAGUUCAUCGACCAGGAACUUUCACGAUUCAUCGCAGCUGGUCGACUCCACUGUAAAAUUGAUAAAGUCAAUGAAAUUGUGGAAACAAACAGACCUGAUAGUAAGAACUGGCAGUACCAGGAGACGAUCAAGAAAGGAGAUCUUUUGUUGAACAGGGUCCAGAAGCUGUCCAGAGUCAUCAACAUGUAAUGAGUUCCUCUGACGUUACCCUCAGAAGGUGAAUGUUGUUUUGCCAUGUUAUAGGCUGUCUGUCUUGCAAAUGUCUUGUGUAUAUAUAUUAAAUUUUCUCAGAAAUUCCUUCCACAUUGUGUGUGCUGUAGUGUGCCUGUCAGUGUUUAAUUUGAAUUACAC